AUGACUGCAACUUGCUAUGGGGCCCGAAUGAAUUUGAGGAAGGUAUUGGCUUUCACAUUUGGAAAGACUGAAGUUACUAACCCGGUUAUGGAACAGAUGUUGGAAUAUAUGAAGACACUGAUAGAGAUUAACAAACAGAUUAGAGAAGGGAAGGAAUUAGAUGCCAAGACAAUUAUGCAGUUGGAAAUAAUAGAAAACACGGUCACAACAAAAAAGGGGGGUGAAAUACAACAAGAGAUUAAACAUGACAACCUAGAAAAGCAGGGGCAGAGGCAGCUCCUGAACCUGAGAAGGGCGGUUUGGAGUCCAGCUCCAGAAGCUGCUGAAUGGCCCCGCCUGGACUUCGAGGUAAGUCCCACCUCCUCAGUGGCUCCGUCUUUCAAGUUGCUGCUGGUGCUGCUGGUUCUGCUGUUGUCUCUGCUCUGCACUGCCCUUCCCUGCACUACCCCGUUCUGCGCUGGCAAGGUGGAGGACCUCAAAUCGGAAGAGGAAAAAAUGGCAACGGUUCAAAAAGAAGACUUACAACUGCUUCUUGAGAUGUAUCUUGAAGAUAAAAACAACAAGCAAAUUGAAGAGAAAUUGAAACAAUUAAUAGAAGACCCAGAAAGUGAUAUAGAAAAGAGCAUUGAUGAAAUGGCAAAAGCAAAUACUGAACUAAAGAUUGAAAUUAAAAAAGCUGAAAGGGAAUUGGAACAACCUUCAUCUUACCUGGUUAAAAGGAAUAUUCCUACAGAGGAAAUGAAGUUCACAUCGGUGGAGAGCCCUGAGGAUGACGAUCAGUAUUUAAAUAUCUCCUGUUCAUUUCAAGUAACUACACAACUUGAAUAUGAACUGAAGAGAGGGCAAGCUCUUAUCACCUUUGAAGAUGAAUAUGUUGCCCAGAAUGUGAUAAAAAGAGGAAAACAUUGUGUGACAUUUGACAAAGAGGAGAUGAAAUUAAUGGCCAAACCUGUUCCACUAAAAACAGGUUUGAUUUUUCAGGUUAUAGACAAAUUAGCACUGAGUUUCAGUAAAUCCCAGAAUGGGGGUGGAGAAGUAGAACACGUGGAGUAUAAUAUAAAUACCCAAACAGCGGUUAUUACAUUUCUUCAAAAUGGAGUUGCUGAUAAUAUUCUCAAGCACAAGAAAUAUCCUCUUCAUACAAAUACCAGCUGCUAUCAGGUUGUUGUUUCCCCGCAUAUGGAAAAACAUAUCAAGAAGCUACAGGUAUUCUCAGGAAUUUCUAAGAGGACCGUUCUUCUUACGGGAUUUAAAAAUAUUCAAGAUGAUGAAGAAAGUAUAGAAGAGGACAUUUUUAUUCAUUUUCAGAAAGGGUCAAAUGGAGGAGGGGAUAUAGAUGUUGUCAAAUGUGCCCUCAAAAAACCUCAAAUAGCAUAUUUUGAGGCUGAUUUAGAUGAGGGAUUCUUAACCUGGGCACCAUGAGCUUAUUAAAACAUAUUUUUUGAUAACUAUAUUUGAUUUCCUUUUCAAUCCUAUGCAUUUUAUGCAUUUAAAACCAUUUUCUAAGAAGGGGUGCUUAGACUAAUCGGACUAUAAAAGGCAUCUUGUAAUCCUCAAAAAAACAUAAGAAUACUUACUGGACACAAAAUUCUAUGUACUAUAAACACAUUGAUUUGAAGUUAUUUUCUUAUGACUAAUAAAAAAUAGACUUUGCUUUUUAAUUUUUACUUGCCCUUAAAAGAAAAAUACAUUCUUUUAAUUUUUUAUUCUUACUUUGUUUCUAAGAUUCUGAAUACUUGAGAGCUCAGGUCAGUAAAAUGCCAAAUCAUAAUUCCAGAGGACUAACGAUGAAGCAUGAAGCAUGCUACCUACCACCUGUCAGAGAGGUGAUGGACUCAAAUAGAGAAUGAGAUAAACAUUUUGGGGCAUGGCCAAUGUAGGAAUUUGUCUUACUCUAUUAUAAUGCUUGAUUGCAUGUUUUCUAUGCAUUUUUUCUAAUUUUUUUCUUUCUUUUUUCCCUCUCAAGUGGGGAAGGAGCAGGAUGGAGGGAAGGGGAAAAUGCUUAUUAAUUAAAAUUUGAUUUUAAAAGAUGCUGAAUAAAAGGUCAUUAUUAACAUCAUUCAAAUUAAAUGAUGGAAUAUUUACC